AUGGAGCAAAGUGCUGCUCUAUUUAGAUUAAUUAUCUCCUUAUCUGGACUUGGUGCUGGCAUCGGAAAAGGUGGAGGGCUCGGCGGCGGGCUCGGUGGAGGCGUGGGACUUGGCGGUGGUUAUGGAAAGGGAAGUGGACUUGCCACUGGCAUUGGAAAGGGUGGAGGGCUCGGCGGCGGGCUUGGUGGAGGCGUGGGACUUGGCGGUGGCAUUGGGAAAGGUGGUGGGCUCGGCGGUGGCAUUGGUAAAGGUGGCGGGCUUGGUGACGGCAGAGAGAAAGGAGCUGGGUUUGGUGGCGGCGCCGGCGGCGGUUUUGGCAAGGUAGGCGGACUGGGAGGUGGCUUGGGAAGUGGUUUCGGCAAGGGCGGCGGCCUCAGUGGAGGAUUCGGUGGUGGUGGGUUCGACGGUGGAAUUGGCGGCCGUCAUUGA